GAAAGUGUAAGUGGUGACAUACCAUCAUAGAGCUGACCAAUCAGAGGGUAGCUGCCACCACAACUUGGAGCAUGCUUCUCAGCUACGAGCUCUGUUAUUCAGGACAUAAAUACCUGGCUUUGCCCCAUUUACCGUUUCGCUUUGCAGCCGCAAGCAAUUAGUACCCUGUACCCGAGUGGUCUACCUCCUAAGGUUUCCGGCUCUCUUACUCCAAUCUAUCUAUUCUCAUCAAGCAACGCUUUCCAAAAUGAACAAAAAUAUGUAUCAAGAGGUGCAGCUACGCUAUGGUGAUAUCGCCAAAUGCUCCGGUGCUACAGAAUCCCAACACGACAGCGAAGAACAAAUCGCCAAAGCCUUCGGCUACAGCACUGAAGAACUUUGUUCUCUUCCGGACAAAGCUAAUCUAGGCUUAAGCUGCGGCAACCCAGUUGCAUAUGCUAAUAUAAAGGAGGGUGAGACAGUUGUCGACCUCGGCAGCGGGGGUGGUAUCGAUGUUUUUCUGGCAGCACGUAAGGUAGGACCACAGGGGAAGGCCAUUGGAAUCGACAUGACAAAGGAUAUGAUUGAACUGGCAAAUAACAACGCCAACUCCGCUCGCCUGUCUAAUGCCUUGUUUAUUGAAGCUUUGAUCACCUCUAUUCCGCUUCCAGAUUCCAGUGUCGACUGCAUUAUCAGCAACUGCGUCAUCAAUCUUGUCCCAAGAAAUGACAAAGCCUCCGUAUUCGAGGAGAUUGCUCGUUUGUUGAAACCUGGCGGAAGAGUUGCUAUCAGUGAUAUCCUGGCAAGAAAGGAACUCCCGCAGAAGAUAGUUGACGACUUGGCACUUUAUGUAGGAUGUAUUGCAGGUGCCAGUCAGGUUGCAGAGUAUGAGGAAUACCUCAAGCGUGCUGGAUUCAAAGACAUUUUGAUUGUCGAUGCAAAAUCGGAUCUCAACCUGUAUAAACAGUCCUCCUAUCUAACCCAGGGUAGUUGCUGUGGCCCUUCAGAUUCUUCUAAGGAGUCGACAGUUAAUUUUGCUGAAAUCGACUUUAAUGAGUGUGCUGGCUCUUUUCAAAUUUAUGCCCUCAAGACUGGCGGCAACGUGUAGCUGUGUCACGAGAGUUUAUAUGCUUUUAUCAAGGAGUUGCCUUUCUUUUCUCGCUCCACGUUGCUUCUCCUUUCACCAAGUUGUGAAGCGACUGGAUAACCAAAUAAGAAUAAUAUAAAUUAUUCAAAUGUUGACGGGACUGAUGCCAAUG